AUGCCGGUUUUCGAUACUCCGUUGGGGAAGCUUGGUGCUGUGAUUUGUUGGGAGAACAGAAUGCCCCUUCUAAGAACUGCAAUGUACUCCAAAGGAAUUGAGAUAUAUUGUGCACCUACUGCCGACGACUGGGAUUCAUGGCAAGCAACAAUGGCACACAUUGCAGUCGAGGGCGGUUGUUUUGUACUGUCGGCGAACCAAUUCUGUCGAAGGAAAGAUUACCCACCUCCACUGGAGUAUCUGUUUACCGGGAUCGAAGAAGAACUGGAGCCAGAUUCUGUUGUGUGCAAGGGUGGGAGUGUUAUCAUAUCACCUUCAGGAACUGUUCUUGCUGGGCCUAAUUACUCUGGAGAGGCAUUGAUCUCAGCCGAUCUCGCCUUCAGGAACUGUUCUUGCUGGGCCUAA